UAUUAGCACGACAAGCAGAAUGCACUGGGACAAACCACCAACACCAGCACUGACCAGGUCCAGACCAUAUCAAGGUGUAAGAGUAAGAGACCCGGUCAAAGAGCUGCUGAGGAGGAAGAGGAGUCUGGAGUCGCACGGCACCAAGACAGCCCUCUCUGCUGUGGACGUGGUCGCACGCAACAACCCGACAUCAUACACACAAGUCACCUUUGGCUCUGACAGCACCAGUGGCGCCACAGCUGAGCCGUCAGUUGCAGCUGGAGAUGGUCGACCGCAGUGCACAGGAGGGAAACCUUCGUUCCUGGCCAGUGGCGCUGGCCUGCAGCCUGCCAUAACAUCGUGGUCCUCACCUGAAUACGGCCAGCAGGAACUCUCAGCUCAGACUCUGGCCUACCCAGCCACCACACUGACGGCUGACCUGUACAUGCAGACUCUGUGCCCCAGCUACACCAUGCUGACCUACACACACACACCGCUGAUCACUAACUUUGGGACCAUACCAGUAGCCCAAGCACCAGGCUCCUUCCCUCAGAUGGAACUCCCAGACUCAGGGUUGACCUACCUCCCCUGGACCCAGCCCCUCACCACCAUAUCUACUAUGCCCAACUCAGGGGUCCAGUUCGCUCCAUGCUCAGCAGCCCUGUCCGGCCCACCUCUGGUGCACAUGCCCUUGUCCAUGUCUGUGACCACCAUGAUCCCUCAGCUGGAGGCGCAUGGUGCAGACCCUCAGCUCCAGAUCCUUGACCUCCCUCAGCGUUCAGAGCUGAACCCUGAACAUCAAGGCCAGUCUCUGGAUGAAGAUCCGGGGAUGGAGCCGGGAUCACCAAACCUACUGGAUAAACUUCUAGAGGAUCCCAAGGAGGACGGUGAAGUGGAAGACAAAGACUCAUACAGCAAUUCAAUCUUCAUACCCAAUGUCUAAAAAACGUUGUGUACAUUUUGUGUGUGGAGAGCUGUAUUUCUGCUGUAUGUGUUUCUUUAUUAAUUCCUAACAUAAAAUUUCUUUUAUUCACGUGAUUUCUGAUCUUAAUAAUGGAUGCAAUUUCUUUCAGCAUUCCAGUGCUAGUGUCAUUCUCCUUGAUCUUGAUGUGAAAGCUGUUGCCAAAGUCAUUAACAAAAUCAAUGCUAAAAUAACAAAUGGACAAGUUGAGCAAAACUCCCAUAGACCCCGGCUGUGUUUGUGAAACUUCCUUUGUAGUAAUUUGAUUUAUUAUAGAUUAAUUUGAUUUAA